CUGAUCAAGCUGCGCGUGGGAAGAUCAUUGUCGAUCACUGUCAUUCAUUGGAUCGCACGUUUUCGGCCCCGAAAAAACGAUCGACAAUUCUUCACUCUCAAGAAAUGUGCGAUCUACAUGGAUCUACGGGGAUCUUUCGUCGAUCCAUUCUAAUUCGCAGAACAGAAGUCGAGUUCGAAUUAGCGUCUAAAAAUGGACGGUUUGUACCCUUGGAAUUGAGAAAAUCAUUGUUCUAGAUUGCAAUUGCAAGUCCCCCUUUCCCAGGGUCUCGCUUUCAAAGCUCAUUCAGAAAUGUAUAAGUAAGGUCCGGUUUCUGCAUCAAAAACCAUCAUCACAGCUUCGACUUUUCAAGCAUUGACAACUACUUCCAAUUUCCAAUUCAAUCACAAUGAACUUCUUCUACACUCUUCUUGCUUUCAUUCAAACUUUUGUUGUCCUUAACGGAGUCAGUGCCCUUCGUUUUGACUUGACCAACGUUACUUGCUCUCGUUUGAGAGGUCCUCGCUGUGGUACCUAUUUGCUUCGUGUCGCAGGAACAAAUGCUACGUUCCUUGGCCAAAAGUACCUUGUUGGUUUCGAGGCUUUGACCCAGCCUAAGGAAGACUUCUUGAAGCGUUACCUUGAGAACGAGCCCAGAUUGAUUCCCCGUCUCACUACCGUCGCCGAGAACCAAACUGACAGCUUCCAUCCCUUCUUCUUCACUACCAACCAAGCUUCUUGCAACCCUCAAUCGAUUGAGUCCGACUUGAUUCCCUUCGUGAACACCGUCACUAACGAGAUCCAAUACGACUCUUGGGCAUAUACCAUGCUUAACGCUUCCCUCAUCAACGGUCUUGCUAACCAAUUGAUGAACGCUAGUACCUAUGGUGUCCAGGUUGCUACCUGCCUUCCCGGCUUCACUAAUGGAUACUUUGACGCCCCUACUGUUAACAUCUUCAACAACGACGAGGAGGUCCCCAGCUGGUGCACUGCCAUUGAAUUUGAAGCUGUUUGCCCCCUUGAUGUUGGCUUCAACUAAACUACAAUAGUGAAUACUUUUGACAAGAACUUAAUAGAAUAAAUUAAAGAAAAAUAUAACCCAAAAAAAAAGAAAAAGAGAUGUGUGUGCUUGACAAAUGAGGGUAUUCUCGUCUUUGCCAAUCUUUUAACCAGCAGAAGCGCAUCAUUAGCUACAUCUUAUAAAGAACUGACGCAAAUUCUUUCCCGACUGCGCCUUCCGUCUUAAUAAGAACUAGUAAAUAUGCUCAUGGGAGAUGAAUUAACAACCAUUUAUUCAGACACUGGCUUUCUGGGGACGCACAUGAUGAGCAGGUAGAACUUGGACUUGGAAACAUGUCUGUGAUGCUUCUUCCAUUCACGCUCUUUAAUAAACUUGGAAAAGCCACCAGAGACACCAGAUUGUUGCAAGUAAUUGGUGAUUGCAGCCUCGCGUUGUUUUUGCACAUCCUCCGGAGUAAAGAAGAAAAGUCGCAAACCGCGUGGUUGAAAGUAUUUUGAAUUCCACAUGCUGAUUACUCCUUCAAUGAUGGGAUGUUCCAUGUGUGAAAUUAGUUUCUCGACAUAGGCACCCACGAUGUAGCCUGAAAUGAAACCGAGUGAGACAAAGUUCAUUAAUUUUCCGACACUAGCAUUAAUGAGCUCGUUGUUUGUGCACGCCAGAUUAAUAUCAUGAACAAACGAAGCCCAGUCAGCAGGUGGAACAUCGUGUCUGCUUAAGUCUUGGGGGAAGUAGACGAGUGGGAAGCCUCGUUUUAAGCUGUCGCUUCUUGCCUCAAUACAAAUAGGGGCAAACGUCGAAUACGGGGCUUGAGGAGACGGUUUCCGCCUGAAUUGUGUUGGAAUAAUAGCUCCUUUUCCGUGGUUUUUUAUACGGUUCUUAAUGCCGCGGAAAAUCUGAUGACCAAUUCCAGCACUUACUUUUGUUCCAUGGACUCUCGUCUCAUCUGAUCGAUCGACAAAUCGUAUACUGCUAUGGAAGAUAGACAGUCUUUUCUUCACUGCAAUGAUUUCUUCUGCGGAAACAGACGCUUUGUCCGACAUUUUCACUUCUUAAAGUUCAUAAUUUGAUAAUUGAGAUGAAUAUCGUUUUCACCGAACCAAAAACAGCAGGAUCAGUUACAAUUGUGUAAAUUCAGUGAUCACUCGCCCUAGGAUUGCCACAAUUUGUAAAUAAAAUACAGGAAACUUGUAUCCUCUACGUAGAGAAAAAACGUGUGAAAAACGAAGAACAAAAAGAUAGAACGGAUAGAAAACGACAAUUACAAAGACAAUACCUGAAACAUAGGAAAGAAUUGCGUUUUAAUAAUAUUUUACUCGUGGGAUUCUGGUUUGGGAAAAGAUCGAACGUUAGCGGAUA